AUGAGUGUUCUAAAAAAGUAUGCGACAGCAAGCGUCGGCUCUCGGGACCCAGGGAAAUCUUCUUUGACAUCAUGGGUUCUCGGCUCCUGCAUCUCGGUUUGCGGCGGCGGCGCUGGUUCUCGGCGGAGGCACGGGUUCUCGACGGCGUUGGUUCUCGGCAAAGGGUUCCCGUUCACGUCUUCUUCUGUUCCUGUGGAUCGAGAAAGUGGCGGAUAUUUGGCUGAAUUACUGGGAGAAAGGCAGAAGUUGGUGCCAUUCAUUCAAAUUUUUCCUCACUGUAACAGACUUAUUAGUCAAGAAAUUAGACAGGUAUCAGGAGGUUUCAAUCCAAGUUUUGUAGAUCAUGAAAGACUUGAGCAUGAGAAUCCACUUCGGUCAUUAAAUCAGAUUCCAUAUGGCAGACCAAUGGAUUUGGAGGGAUGGCCUGCAAUGCAAGUGGAGCAAGCUAAGUGGGGCACAACAGAGCAGAUAGAUCGAUCUAUACUCUGGAAGGUGGCUAGAAAAGAUUCUUCUGGCAACUAUGUCACCGAGUGUGACAAGGUCAUGGGAGAGGCCAUCGAAGAAAUGCUUGAGCAAAGAAAAGAAGGCAAACUAAUUGAGAUCGAAACAAAUGACAUCCUAACACAAGUGUUAGGUACUGCUGAGCACCUCGGUCGAGUUCGAGGCCAGAGUCAAGGUGUCACACCAAGAGACUACUUUCAUAAGCCUAUUGGGGGGGGGGGUCUAAGAGGCUUGCUAGAGUUACUUUUUGAAAUCAUAGCUAGAGUUUCUUAAGCGGAUGAGUCAUAGCUAGAGUAACUUUUGAAAUCAGAAUUAAAAAAAUAUACUAAUUGUAGUUUUUAGUUAGCACUUACAUAGUUAUUCCAAGUGAGUACUAUAUUCCAUGUGAGUUAGCACUUACAUAUUUUGAUCUUGUAAUUUUUAGAGUUGGAACAUACUGAGUUCUAUUGAUUUUGUUUGCCUGUUCAUUCUGUCUGAACUAUGUUGUAAUUACACUAGAAAUUAUGAAUGAAUAUAGUGGUUGAAAAUAGAUAAAUGAAAAAAAUUCUCAUA